AGAAAGGCGCAUCAUGGCGGCGUCCACGCGUAGCUUGAAGCGUGCUCUGAAGAGAGCGAUGUCGCCGUCUUUGGUAGUCAUUUUAGGAGCUACAGGCACCGGGAAAUCAAAGCUCGCUAUUGAGGUCGGAAAACGGCUACGGGGAGAGAUCAUUAGCGCCGACUCCAUGCAGGUGUACCAAGGUCUCGACAUCAUCACCAACAAGGUGACAGCUGAGGAUCGAGCCCAAUGUCGGCAUCAUAUGAUCAGCUUCGUGGACCCGUUGGUUAGCAACUACACGGUGGUGGACUUCAGGAACAAAGCUGUAUCUCUAAUAGAUGAGAUGCAUAAUCGGGAUAAACUGCCAAUCAUUGUUGGAGGAACAAACUAUUACAUUGAGUCCCUGCUGUGGCGAGUUCUAAUGGACACUGGGAAGGAGGCUUCAUUGGACGGCGGAGUUGAAGACACUGAUAGGAAGCUGGACCUGGAGAAACUGGGAGGAGCUGAAUUACACAAGCGACUGAUGGAAGUGGACCCUAAAAUGGCUGCUAUGCUGCACCCCAAUGACAAACGCAAAAUUGCAAGAAGUUUGCAAAUCCACGAAGAAACAGGCGUUCCUCAUAGCUCCUGGCUGGAGGAACAACGAGGCCAGCAGGGUGGCGAUGGCCUGGGAGGCCCGUUGAGGUACCCGGACCCUUGCAUCUUUUGGCUCCAUGCCGACAUGAAAGCUCUGGACAAGCGAUUAGACGCACGCGUGGAAGAGAUGUUGUCAGUCGGGUUGAUAGAGGAGCUGAGGGACUUCCAUGCCCGCUUCAAUCAGCAGAAAGUGCAGAACGACAGUCAAAACUACCAACAUGGGAUAUUCCAGUCAAUUGGUUUCAAAGAGUUCCACGACUACCUGACGGCUCCUGAAAACAGCACCCAGCAGGAAAGAGAGGCGCUCCGAGGCAAAGGUGUUGAAGCUUUGAAAAUGGCUACAAGGCGCUACGCUCGCAAACAAAAUAAAUGGGUCCGUAACCGGUUCCUUAAACGACCUGGUGACAGUGUGCCAGCGGUGUACGGCCUGGAUGUGACGGAUGUGGAGAGAUGGGAGGAGACCGUGCUGAACCCUGCACUGCAGAUACUGGACAGUCUCUGCAAGCGGGAGGAACCUCCUUUUCCACCUAUCAGAGUGCAGGGGGCGGAGCUUAGGAACAAACGGAGCCGACAUACUUGCGACUCUUGCGACAAGGUCAUCAUCGGCGACCUGGAGUGGGCAGCUCACCUCAAAUCCAAGAAGCAUCACUUCCACGUCAGGAAGAAACUUAAGUCUGACACUGCGAGCGAUGACCAGUCUCAUUGUACCGCUACGCCUCCCGCUCCAGAUGCAGAGACUCAAACUAACCAGUUGGUAUUUUCCCAGGAUGCCCACGCAGCACACUAAGGAAGCAGCCAUGACAUUUAAAAAAAGGUCCACAGGCUGUCAAAUACAAUAUGAAUUAAGUUUUGCACCACAUGGUUGCUCUUGGACCCUCUUUUUUUUCCAGUUUCCAAUGGAAACACACAGCACACAUUUUCUGUGUGUCAACGUUUCCAUGAAAUGCUGCUUUCAGCAGGAAUUUUUAUAUUUCACACUUUAUCAUGAAGACUUUUUCUUCAGUUCACCUAUGGAUUAUUUUCUACCCCAAUUUUGUGGACAAGAAAUAUUUGGACACUUGAACUUGGAAAGCUUCAGGAACUGUGGGGGGAAUGGAAGAAACUACAUUUUUUGUCGCACUGUGCAAGACUAUAGUUAGGCAUAGUUCAACGGAAUAAGAUUUUUCAUCAACACACCAAAGAAGAUGUAAUAUUGUGACUGUGUGAUGACAUGCUGGUGUUGGUAGCACUACGUCUUGACUUGGGAGAUUUCUUUUCUACUUCAAAUUGGAGAUAUUUCUUUUUUUUGUGGACACUGCAACUAAAGACCGUACGGCUCAUGGACGAAAGUAGGACUGUGACAUCAAGUGGAAGUGAAAACUGAAGCAAAAACAUGUUUAACAUGUCCAUUGACUUCAUAAUGAUACUGAUGGGGCGCUGGGCCGAUUAAUAGGGGGCCUAUCUCCAUCAAAGCUGACAGAGUAGAAACAAACACAGAGCUUUUUACAUUGAAAAUCCUUGUGAAUAAAUGCUUGAAUCCCUGAAUUCUUUCUAGAUAUGGACGUCAAACAGUCUCGAUUUUUCAUUAAAGGAGCAAAGAACCGGGCAAUUAGCGUUUAUUUUACGUAAAAAUCUCGAAUGUGCUGCUAGUCUUUAAGCCAUUGUAGCGCCGCCUUAUCGCCACAAAGAGCUUUUUACGUUGAAAAUCCUUGUGAAUAAAUGCGUAAAUCCCUGAAUUCUUUACAGAAAUGGAGGUAAAACAGUCUUGAUUCUUUGUUAAAUUAGGAAAGAACCGGGCCGUUAGCAUUUAUUUUACGUAAAUAUGUUGAAUGUGCUGCUACGCUUUAAGCCACUGUAGAGCCGCUUACCACCACAAAGAGCUUUUUACGUUGAAAAUUCUUGUGAAUAAAUGCUUAAAUCCCUCAAUUCUUUAUAGAUAUGGACGUAGAUAUGGAGGUAAAACAGUCUCGAUGUUUUGUUAAAUUAGCAAAGAACGGCGGCACGGUGGCUAAGUGGUUAGCACGUCUGCCUCACAGUUCUAAGAUCAAGGGUUCAAUCCCGGGCUUCGGCCUUCCUGUGUGGAGUUUGCAUGUUCUCCCCGUGCCUGCGUGGGUUUCCUCCGGGAACUCCGGUUUCCUCCCACAUCCCAAAAACAUGCAUGGUAGGCUGAUUGAACACUCUAAAUUGUCCGUAGGUAUGAGUGUGUGCGUGAAUGGUUGUAUGUCUCCUUGUGCCCUGCAAUUGGCUGGCAACCAGUUCAGGGUGUCCCCUGCCUACUGCCCCGAGUUAGCUGGGAUAGGCUCCAGCACCUCCGCGACCCUCGUGAGGAAAAGCGGCAUGGAAAAUGAAUGAAUGAAUUAGCAAAGAACCAGGCCUUUAGCGUUUUAUGUAAAUAUGUCGAAUGUGCCACUAGUCUUUAAGCCAUUUUAGUGUAGCUUUAUCAUCACAAAAAGCUUUUUACGUUGAAAAUUCUUUUGAAUAAAUGCUUAAAUCCCUGAAUUCUUUACAGAUAUGAACAUAAAACAGUCUUGAUUCUUGGUUAAAAGCAAAAAAAAGAAAAAACGCAGUUAGUAUUUAUUUUACAGAAAUAUUGCGAAUUAUGACGCUAAUGCCGUAGCUGUUAAUUUCUCCCAUUGAUUUUUUUACACAACGUUUCAAAAUGCAUGCAUGGUACAAAAAAUAUAACUGCCUGGAAUCCUCAAACAUAUCACUCCUGAGACAAUCCUUCCUGUUUGUAUGCGGUACAGCUUUCAUACUUUUUCAACCUAAAUCUGGCGUUGGAUCACUGCAUGUGUUGAAUAACUGCGACCGACUGCACAUAACCAAAGCGGACUUUGGGACGGCCCCAUACUUGAAAGCGUGGCAGAGUGUCUGUGGAAUGUGUCCCGUCAAUAUCAUUAUGAAGUCUAUGACGUCAUAAUUUGCUGCAAAUACUAACAUUUACGUGAUUUAACAAGAGUAAUUUGUAAACACAAAAGCGUGAUUGAUUAAUUGUCGAAAAAAGUGAAAACAAAUGAGGUGCCUUUCUUAGUUGCUCCUAUUGUUUGUCAAAUAUUUUAAUUAUCACAUUUUAUCCCUUUGGGUUUUUGUCACUACGCACUUUCAAUGGAUGGUUUAUUUUGAAAAUAAACAUUUAAAAGUGUAUUCGGGCCACCUGUCAUUAAGAUUAAUGCAACAUAGUGCGGAAAAGUCUGGAAAAUGUUCACAACUUGCACCCAGGCCAAAUGCAUAAAGUUUUACACAAUUCCAUAAAGUUAUGUUGUUCAACAACCUCCUAGGCAGAAGUAAUUAGCCCACUUGUAGUUCAACUUUUAUGACUCUUUUGUGUGAUAACCCCUUUGACUGCUGCCUUUGUCUUUCUCCUGAGUUGUGACACUCGAGUCGACGCUCAAGUCUGCGAGGUGAGAGAGUUUUCCCAGCAGCGAUCGCAGCGUCUUUGUUUAUCCAGCAGCUCCGCUAACACAAUACCUGGCGGCCACCCAGAGAGGGGCCCACUUUUUGGCGCGCCCGUCCGCUCUUGUCACCUGUGGCUUCUCACCUCCCCUUCCGUUCGAUUCCCAGCACUCACCCUGUCACCUAGCUACCCGACCGUUCGACUCCAAACAUUUCCGAGUGGUGUUGUAGCUGUAAAUAAGCGUGUGUGUGUGUGUCCCACUUUGACAAACUGGGUCAGGCUUCAAGCUGGGACUGAGCAGUACAUUAUUGAAGUCACAUUGUACAACAAGAACCCCACUAGAACUGUGAUCAAUAGUCAGGAAUGAGAAAAGUUUCAACCAUUUCUAAAUACGUCAAAAAAGUAAGCGUGUGUAGACACAUUUUCCGAAAAAUAGCUAGCUAACAAGAGAUUUGCUCGGUCAUGUAAUUGCACACUUGACGGGUGGCUAUUACGUCCUUGGCAGAGGUAACAAAGGUCCCCAUGCAGCUAAUCUUUUUAUAACCUUCUUGUGUGAAUAAGUCCCUUUUUCUCCCUCCCGUCGGCGGCUUUUUUUGAGAUAGAAAUUCAGAAGCUGCUUUGUUUUCUCUCCUUCUUGUGUCAUCUUUGUAUUCAUAACAUCGUACAUCAUGUUCCCAGUUGGGAGGCUUUGAAUUCAUUCAGUCAUGUGAUGUACUGUUGAGUACAUUUUUGGAUGUGUAUACUGUCAGCUGGUUUGUUGUGGAACCUUCAGGCGCUACGAGGGAAAAAAAGAAAGCUGCGGUUUUUCAUUGACACCAGGCAUGACCUGAACGUGCCCCCGCAAGAGGGGGGGGUGAAAAAGUAGCGCUGUGUGCCAGGUCACAAGGUUAAUUGGUGAUUUGCACAGCCCGACGCGUUGAGUCUACGCGCUCAACUUAAGUAACCUCACACAUUAAGAGUCUCGCAAGUGCAUUUUUCUCAUUAAGUCCACCAGUAGGUGAAAUCCAAGGAAGGCGGAUGUUAAGUAUUUGUUUCCGUAUGUCUGUAUGUUUGCGUUUAAGAUAACUCAAGAAGAAUAAAGGAAUUGCUGUAUCAUCAAACUUGCAGGAUGUGUUUUUAAUAUGAAAUGGAAGAGGUGAUUGAAUUUUGGAGUCAUUAGAUCUAAUGCUGCAACGAUUAACUCAUUUAAUCCGAUUCGAAAAAAAGAUUCGAAUCCAAAUUUUGCAGCGUCGAGAAUUUGUUUUUAGUCAUGUUGUAAUGAAUGUAAUUUGUUUUGAAAGUGUUUGCAUUUAGUUUCAUUGAUUUGGGUGGAUACACUGCCCUCUAGUGGCAACAGUGAAUAUGACAUAACUCAUUUCACAUGGCUGAAUCCAGCUGCUCCCUGUUAAGACCAACAUGAGUUAAGUUUUGGUUUGAGCUAAUGUUUUUUUUUGAAUGCAUUCGGAAUUUAUAAGUAUAUUUAGCUGUUUUUUGCGGGAAUGUGAAUCAUUCAUGAAGAGCAUUGUUAAAAAAAAAAAAAAGUUUGCGUUUAUAGCAUUUAAGCUAGCGAGACUUUUGCUAUGUAAGUUAGCCAAUUGUUCUUCUGUUGUACUUACUUAGAUCAUUUAUUUUUUUAUACCGUUUGAGACUUAGCUCAGGUUUUUUACUUUAUGUUCUUUAUGUGAUUGCUUAACUCAUUUGCUCCAAAAAUCUUAUAAAUACGUUGUAUUUUUAAUUGUUUCAGUGUCCCAAAGUCUUUUACAUUGUUUUUUAUAAGAGACAUCUGUAGGUUCUGAUGCAACUUCACUCCAAAGCACAACGCUGAAAAUCUAUUUUAAAGCAAUAAAACUGGCCACUGGAGGGCAGUAGCGCAUUUGGUAAGAACUCAUAUCGGACCAUGAAAGGAAGUGAAUGAAGAGAAAUAGUCAGGAAACGGAAGUUGGAAGAAGCGUGAGAAAAUGUGGAGAACGAUGUCAAACACAAGGCACAUGCUCCACACAAGUUACCUAGGUGAAUUCUGUUAUGAGGUAGUGAUCACUAUACAGGUCCCCCCAAGAAUUCACCCACACAGGACGCCAGGCAUAACCCGUUAUAACGGAACGGAACGGUCUGUUUGCACGCCGCUUGCAUAACAGCGUCAUCUCUCGGUUCAAUAGUUAUGUGUAAAUAAAUUGUUACGUUUCUAUCAAAAGCCAUAUUUGUCUUGUUGUUUAUGU